GUGAACACUCAGAACAAUCAAGUUAAUCAAUCAUCAACGAGCGAAACAAGGGGCAUUGAGUGCCUGACAGUGUUGAAAAUCGAUCGUGGCAGAGCGCCGACUAUGGCGAGUUCUGACGUGCAAGGGGAACUUGAGCUCAAACUGAAACGUCAGGAGAGAAACUUAGGGGACUGCUACCUCAACGUUGAUGUGCAUCCUAUGAAAAGAUGGGUUGUUUUUGUACGCGAUUACAAAUUGCUCCAAGUGUGGAAUUUCAAACGCCCAACCUGCCAUCUGGUGGCCAAUAAGCCCAGUGGUAGAACUACGAGAUAUCUCGUUGCAAAAUUCUUAGGCAGGAAAGACUGGGUUGUGCUCGUUUAUUCCACAAGUAGAGGUUACAGCAUUGACAUUUACAAGAUUAUAAUGUCCACCUCGGACCUUGGGACAUUUUUGCUCCAAAGACGUCUGACAAUAGAGCCUUCAUUGUGCGCUUCGAGCCCCGGGCCGGUGGUAUCGCGUCACCUGGUCGAUUUGCCGCCCCUGCCGCCCCUGGCCACAGACUAUGGCUCGCGCUAUAUACUGACAGCUGGAACGUACUCAAUUCACAUGUGGGACGUCCAUAGUUGGGAGAAACUCCCCCUGCCUGAUCUACCUGAUAUAACCCAGCUAUCGUUUCAUCCGUCGGAAUCACAAAUCUUUGCAACUGGCCGACGUGGAGGUGAAAUACGACUGCAUGACCACGGAGAAUGGUCUGUUCUCCGUACUGACGAAGUUUGGGAGAGCAUUACGUCUAUGGAGUUCGGGAGCGACGAGCGAAAGUCACUUCUGAUCACAGGUAACAGUUUGGGGCAAGUGCAGAUCUGGGACUACCAGAGGAGAGAAUGCCUUUCCACGCUUGGAGUCGCCGAAGGAUUGGUUGAUGUAAUUGCCCUGUUCCAUCCGCUGCGGCCGUAUAUCAUGUGCGCCUUAGACACCGGAGUCAUCAAAGUGUACAACGACUCAGACUAUAAACCAGUGGCUUGUCAUCGCACCGGCUUGAGAAGACUGCAGAGCAUGGCUCCCUAUCGAGAGUCGAAUCACGUCAUCCUUGGAGGCAAAGGAAUGUUCGUCGUGAUGGAGGCAGACCAUCCUGCUAAGAAAAUAAAGACCGAAAACACAUCGGAGCAAGGCACCGAGGACUCUGCAGCAGCGCACAAGCAAAAGGGGAGCAUGCCAGCAAAAAAGAUAUCGCCACGUGCGACAGGCGUAAUUGAUCUGACGGACGAGACGGCGGCACCAGCACGGUCAAAGCAUGAAAAGACUGAAGCGCGAGCGGACAGCAAGAACAUUGAUAAUGAGCUCAACUGGAGGAGAGGGGCAAUGGGUGAGAGAUCAGAUCAGUCUGGAUCGGAAAAUGAGGAAAACGUUGUCGGAACUGAUGAAAGCAAUGGGAUGCAACAGACCCCAACACCGACAGAGAGAUUCGUGCAGCCUCUGCCAAAGAACAAAAGAAAAGAAAACGAGAUCGACACGGGUGCAGAGAAGAAGGUCAAGUUGAUUCGCACUGAGGCGUCUUUUUUGAAAAAGGGGUUUGAAGAGUCCCGGUCACAGCACGUAAAACAGGAGCAAAUCCAUGCGGAGAGGAUCGAGGAGUUCAAGAAUGAGGUAAGGAGUCUGGCAGCGAAGGAGCAGGCACUGAGAGCGAGAUGUGAAGAAUGUGAGUCGCAGAAGAAAAGUAGCGACAAACUACAUGCAGAGACUGUAAAGCGACUCAAGGUUAAGGCACGCCGUCUAAGGAUUGAGAGUGCGGGAUUGAGAGAAGGGUUGGAAAACUCCAAGGCUGAGAUUAAGCGACUAGAAGAGAUGUACGAGGAAUCGAAGGUCAAUGUUAAAGAUUUGGAAUGCAGAUUGCAAAGGUAUUGCAGUGCAGGGGAUACGUCAGAGAAGUAUGUCGGUCUCCGAGCGGCUGGGAACCAAAAAGAUCGUGCUGAUCGAUUAUGGGAGUUUGCGUCACAGGAACUGCAGGCUGCAACCAACAGCUUCGAUGAUAGCUGUAAGCUUGAGGAGCGACGUUAUGCAGAUUUUUACGUCGGAAAGAUGUCAUCUGUUAUGAUAAAGCAGCUCAAGGCUGGUAACAAAAUAUUAUGGAAUCAGCAUGGCAAGUUGACGAGGGAGAUGAUGGAUCGGUUGAAGUCUCUUCAGCACUCACACUUGCAGACAUUUCUGGGUGUGUGCUAUGAGAACAACUGUUUGGUGUACGAGCACAUGGCCAAUGGAAGUGUCAAAGACCGCAUCAUCUCCUGUGCAAAGGGGGGGUCGACAAGAAAGUCGCUGUCGUGGGAUGUGCGUCUGCGAGUGAUUGCGCAGGUCGCUCAUGCCUUGUUCUUUCUCCACUCCAAUCAGUCGGUGGCCGGUGGUCCGAUCAUCCACCGCGGCAUCAAGCCGGAAAACAUCUUUCUGGAUGCCAACCUUGUGGCUAAAAUUGGUGAGGUCGAGGCGGCCUUGCUUGCGCCAGAGCGAGCAUCGGAAAUGUGUAUGUCCGCAGCAAAAAGUAGUUUGCAAUACCUGGCGCCAGAAUUUUGCCAGAGUAAUGGUACGUUCUCUGACGAGAAGACUGACAUUUAUUCAUUUGGCGUCACCGUCCUGGAGAUCCUUUCCGGAAACUUCACUGAUGCAGUGCGCUCCCUUGGAAAAGCCUUUGAAGAAAGUGAUCAGACUUUGGCAAGUGCUCUUGACGCGAAGGCAGGAGACUGGGACGUCGAUCUGGUGCUGAAGGCGGUAGAGUUGGGGCUCAGCUGUGCAGAUCUGGAUAGUCGCAAUCGCCCAAGCAUGAAGAAAGGGGAAGACGCUAUUCUUGUCCGACUGGACGACAUCGUUAGUAAAGUGAAAAACUCGGUGCCCCGUGGGAGGCCGUCGAACAGGCAAGGUCAGAUGGGUGAGGGGUCGGGGGGAUAGGGGGGUGAAAGGGGAAAGCGCUUGGGGUGGAGAAAAGGGAGAAGGGGAAGAGAUAGACGCAAUCGCCCAAGC